GUAAGUUUAUCGGUAUAACAGCAGUGGCCCUUCACUAAAUGUGUAUAAACAAACAAAAACAGUAGGUUACCCGCGGUAAAUGUGCAUAUUUUUGUUAAUGGUUGCAUUGAUGUUGAGUAAUUCAAACGAAGUGUAAUAAGAAUAAAGAGGAAAAUGAAGCCGAAUAGAAAAAAAUAUAGUGUAAAAAAAUCAUAUUCUUCUUUUCCAACAUAUAAUAGACAUCAGAACCGACAGCAAAACAAUCAAUCACAAACAUCAUCCUAUCAGCACCAAAACCACCAAUAUUAUUCUGUAACGUCGCAUAAUAAUACACAUGGUGUAAUGUCAUAUGGACCUCAACUUGCUCCCAGUUAUUUUAAUAAUAUCAACGCUUGGCCGAUCCAACCACCAGUGCCUUUAUCAGGACCUGCAUUUGGACCAGCUGCAUAUCAAUUUGAUCCAAGAAACAAUAAUUCUCAAAUGAAUAUGGCCCCUUUACAUCAUAGUAUAGUUAGUAGUACAGCUCAAUAUUCCGUUCCACCACCACCGUAUCAAUUCAAUUGUCCUAUAAAUUAUCAGCAAGUUUCUAAUACAAAUCUUCCUCAAACAAAUACGCAAGUUAGUGCUCCAAAAAGAAAGUGGAUUAGAGAAGACGCUAUACGGGCCCUAUUACUUGAAGAAGAGCUGUGUAAACGAAAUACAUCUGCACCAUAUUUAGUGAUUCGCUUCCCAGACCCGCCAUUAGAUUCUGAAAUGGUUAAAGGUUUUUCAGGACAGAUUGAUGCAGUUCAUUUUCAAAAAAAUUCUGCACCACGGUUUUGUUUCGUUCGAUUGAAAGAAAAUGCCGACGCGGAGAGAGUGAUUGAAGAUAUAUCAAAAAUCCCAUUUGGGUUGGGUCAUUUAUGUGCAGAGUUACGUUUUGAUCCAACUAAACCUCCUGCAGCCACGAAACCAGAGCAGGUUGAUCCAUAUACAUUGUACGUUGGAAAUUUGUCUUUAUCAGUAUCAGUCGAAUCUAUAAAACGACAGUUUCCUGGCGCUCAAAGAUAUGACCUUGCCUUUAAAUCAAAAAUAAAACCUAUUAGGUAUGCUUUUAUUCGUUUUGAAAGUGUUGAAAAAUCAAUGAAAGCUUUUAAACAUGGUAUGAACCUGCAAAUCGAUGGACGCUCACUUGUUUUACGUUUUCGUAGAGCAAAAUUUAAUUAUCCUGCUGAAAAUCUAUCUUCAGAGAAAAGUCGCUCAAAUAAUAAAGACACAUCAAGCGUUUCUAAUUUAAUGGAUAGAAACGAUGGCAGAACGUCAAAUAAUCAUAAAGAAAUACAACCACAUUUGUCAUUUAAUGGUAAAGCUUUAGUGAAGGAUGAGUACCUGGAAGAAUUUAUAAAGGAAGAGCAAUAUGAUUCUGAGUACAGUUAUGAAGACGAAUGUUCAAGUUCGUUUUGUGGGUAUACUAAUGGUUUUGAACCACCUGCCAUUAAGCUGGAAAUAGAUGAUUUUGAACACACGCCUAAAUCAAAUUGUAUUUCAUCUAUCCCAAAUGGUUCAGAUGAAUGUUGUGACGGUAUAGACCAAACAACUAUUCGGGACGCAGCAAAUGAUUCUGUUCAUCAGACAAGUGCUGUAUCAAGCACUAUAAGACCACAGAAUCUUGAUGAAAACGUAAACCUUGUAAAAAUGCAGGCUACGAAUGCGACAAUUAAUGCCAAAGAAUCUGGAAAAUCUAUACCGCCAAUUGUGUCGAUUUCAGAAAAAAAAUAUAUUGAAAAUUUGUAUGAGCAAUUAAACACUUCUAAAGUACUUAAAAAAGAAGUACGAAGUGAAUUUGAUGAUCUGGACGCUAUGCUUAAAGAAAUAGAUUAAUCGUGUAAUAGAAAUACGAUACACCAUUAACUAACAUUUAUAAACAAAGAUGUAAAUAAUGA